CCCAGCUUCCUUCCCUCUCCUUUCCGGCCUCGCCUCUCCGCCUUUCCCCAAAAGCGCGCCUCCCUCCACGAAGCAACCCUCCAUUCCAUUCCAUUCCAUUCCUUGGCCGCGUAGCCCAAUUACCCAACCCAUCGAGGAGGGCGCGAAGGCAACCGCCUUCCCAUCCCAUCGGGCACCGGCCCGUCUGAUCCGAUCACACCAGAUCCUGCCGCCGCCGGUCGUCGCGCAUGGCCAAAGGCGACGCGCCCGCCUCCGCCCACGCCGCGGUGGCGGCGUCCCCGCGGUCGCCCAUGCCGCCGGAGACGCCGGCGACGCUGAAGCGGAGGCAGCGUGGGCUCGUGUCGCGGGUGUGGAAGGGCAUCUUCGGCGGCCGCGAGGACGUCGAGAAGCUGCUGCAGGCGCUGUCCAAGGAGGAGGAGGCCGUACGGGCGCGCCUCCGCCGCCGGGCCCGCUCCUCCCGCCAGUCCGCGCACAACGUCCUCGCCCUCGCCGCCGCGCUCGAGAUUGCUGCAGUUGGAUAUGCCAUCAUGACUACGAGGUCGCCGGACAUCAGCUGGCAGAUGAGGGCAGUCAGGGUGCUGCCCAUGUUCUUGGUUCCUGCUCUAGCUGCUCUCAUCUACUCGACCAUUACAAGCCUUGCGAAAAUGCUUGACAACAGAGACCAACAAACACUUGAAAAGCUUCGAACUGAAAGGCAAGCUAAGAUUGAUGAAUUGAAGGAGAGAACAAAUUACUACACUACUCAGCAACUUAUACAGAGAUAUGAUCUUGACCCAGCUGCAAAGGCUGCAGCAGCAACAGUUUUGGCAUCAAAAUUGGGUGCAGAUUCUGGAUUGAGAGUCAUUUUGGGAGAUGAAUCAAGCAGGGAUGCAGCACUGGGUAAAAGUAAUGAUAAUAAUCUUGGACAAACUACUGGACUUAGGCAAAGAAAAGGACACUUAAGCAAUGGUGCUGGAAGGGCCCAGUCCCUUGAGCCAUUUGAUAGCUCAAAUGUGUAUGAUGGUAGUGAAGAAGGCCCCAGCACUCCUAAUCAGAGGAAUGUUGAGCACUUUAGAGGUCCAGCUGGUAAUGAUGGGGGAUGGCUUGCACGAGUAGCAGCUCUGCUGGUAGGAGAGGAUCCAACACAGUGCUACGCUCUAAUUUGUGGCAACUGCCAUAUGCAUAAUGGUCUUGCGAGGAAAGAGGACUUUGCCUUCGUCACAUACUACUGUCCUCACUGUAAUGCCCUCAAUGGAUCCCGGCAAAACGAGGACCAUGAAUUGGUACCUAAUUCUGGCAAGGAGAGUCCGGAUUCUCAAUCUGGUGGCAUCAUUGGCCAAGGUGGUGCAAGCCUUGCAACCUCAGGUGCUGUAAGUCCUGUUGCAAGCAGCCUACCAACCGUUGAAGAACUCUCUGCAGAAGAUUCUGGGGAGAAGGCGAGCAGUGACCAACCUGCCAAUUGAACUCUUCAUUUCCUGUAUAUUACGUUUUUGUGAAGUAUUGUUUUGGAUUUGAGUCGGGGUGUCUGAAUUUUUGUACCUACCAUGUAGUAUAUGGAGUACCAUGCUUACUGCAUGAGUUGUCUAGCAACUGGUAGCUCUUGGUGGUCUCAUCGUGGUUUCGUUCCUAGGGUACCAGGACAACGCCCAUUUGCUGGCAUCUUGUCGCAACAAAGGGCCUGAACGGUGAUGGGAUGUAUUGUUCUUUGUUUAUUGAGUGUAUAGUCUUUGAAAGGCUUUCGACAUCGUUUUCAUUUUUAUUAUGACCGAGUUCUACGUUCAUCGAAGCA